CUAGUAAGUCCGCCUCCCCGCUCCCUGUCUCUCCUGCCUGUUUCGCUGCACCGGCUUUUUAUCGCCCAUCGGCCAUUUUUGCCCUUCCAAAUCCGCGGAAAUUUCCGAUCUCUCUCUCUCCUCUUCUGCGUCCUUCCGUCCAUGGCCGCCCUCUCGAUCCCUCCUCCUCCUCCUCCUUCCUCCACCACCUCCUCUGUUGCUUCUAUCCCAUGGCCGAAUCCCGUAGCUGACCCCGAUUCGUCUUCGCUAGCCCCUUCUCUGGCGGAUGAUCCCAAUCCCUUCCCGCCCCCGGUGGUCGACCACGCGGAGGAGGAGCCCCACGCAGGAAAUUCCAUGAAAGAUGAUGAAUCUUCCGAGGAUUUGGCCUCCGCAGCUCCGCUCCCGCCGCAUCCGGUCCCCGCGGCUUCGUCCUCCUCGCCGCCUAGGGUAGCAGAAAGCGAUGCCGCGGAUGCGAUGUCGGUUCUCCACUUGUCUUUUAACCAGGAUCAUGGAUGCUUCGCCGUCGGCACCGAUAGGGGGUUCCGGAUCUAUAACUGUGACCCUUUCCGAGAGAUCUUCCGCAGGGACUUUGAUGGUAGGGGCAUCGGCGUGGUUGAGAUGCUUUUUCGGUGCAACAUCCUCGCCGUCAUUGGCGGCGGGCCGAACCCGAACUACCCGCCUACUAAGGUCAUGAUCUGGGAUGAUCACCAGAGCCGGUGCAUCGGAGAGCUUUCUUUCCGGUCGGAGGUCCGUGCCGUCCGGCUCCGGAGGGACAAGAUUAUUGUGGUGCUCGACAACAAGAUAUUCGUCUAUAAUUUUGCGGACCUUAAAUUGAUGCAUCAGAUUGAGACUGUGCCGAAUCCCAAGGGGCUGUGCGCUGUUUCACAGCAACAGGGGUCGCUUGUGCUUGUCUGCCCAGGUGGUCAGAAGGGGCAGGUCAGGGUGGAGCACUAUGGGGCGAGGCGAACGAAGUUCAUUAUGGCACACGAUUCAAGAAUAGCUUGUUUUGCUCUGUCGCAGGAUGGAAGAUUGAUUGCAACUUCAAGCUCUAAGGGCACGCUUAUUAGGAUAUUUAGCACAAUUGAUGGUACUCUCCUUCAAGAAGUAAGAAGAGGUGCUGAUAGAGCAGAGAUAUACAGUUUGGCUUUCUCUUCUGACAUGCAGUGGUUAGCUGUCUCAAGCGACAAGGGAACUGUUCAUGUUUUCAACCUCAAGGUUAAUCUUGGAUUGACAGCAAAUGAUAAACCUCGCCCUGCAUCAGAUCCAAAUGCACCAACACAAAGUUCUCAUCUUUCUUUCAUCAAAGGUGUAUUGCCGAAAUACUUCCAUUCCGAAUGGUCAGUGGCACAAUUCAGGUUGCAUGAAAAUACACAAUACAUUGUGGCAUUUGGUCAUCAAAAGAAUACUGUUGUCAUUCUUGGUAUGGAUGGAAGUUUCUUUCGAUGCCAAUUCGAUCCAGUGGCGGGUGGGGAAAUGACACAAUUGGUAUGCUAUAACUUCCUAAAGUCAGAAUCAUUCUAAUGGAUAAUUUACAGUGAUUUUCAUCGCUAGCUUUCAACUUUGGCUUAAUAGAAUCUGUAUAUAAAUUAAAAGUAUUGGCAUGUACAUCAGUUCCUCAAUGGUACAUUUCUGUAUGUGAAUACUAGAAGAUAAGGCUACGUGUGUUUGCCAUUCCA